AUGGUUAGGUUGGAGCUCCAAACAUGGUUUCAAAACCGCAUUGUCAGGAGAACCUCUUCGUUGCUGGUGGAUCACAAGCAAAGUAUUGACGUUACGGAGGACGCUAGCGACGUCGACGACACAUGCGAUUGUGACAACUACCAGGAGCCAGUUGUUCCCUUGCACAGGAAAGAGAUCCAGGUUGGCAAGCUUCUUGGCACGGGCAGCUUCUCGCAGGUACACGAAAUAACAAAUGUGAGUCUUCGCGGAAAGCUGGCAUCCUUUUGCUCCCAAGAGGAACAAGCAUCGCGGCAGCUCUUUAGUGCUACAUUUCAGGCCAAAGCAGGCUCGAAUAGCGAGGAUACCGGUUCCCGAUAUGUCAUCAAGCAUUUGAAUCGAAAGUUGUUAAGGCGACCAAGGCAAUUCCACCACGCAGCGCAGUCUCUGAUUGAGGAGGCCGAUGUCAUGGCCAAGCUAGAUCACCCUAACAUUCUUAAGAUCAGAGGCAAGGCCCUUGGUGGAGCGUCCGCAUUUGCAGAGACGGGGCGCUUUGAUGGUUUCUUCAUCAUCACGGAUCUGCUCUCGGGGACGCUGAAGCAACGCAUUGAAGAAUGGAAGCGCGCAAAGGAAUAUCAAUCUUUAGGAUCCCUCGACAAGAUACUGAUGAAGACAAGGCACGCCAUUGGGCUGUCCUCGGCGUUGGAUUACCUGCACGAUAGGAGAAUCAUCUUCAGAGAUUUUAAACCUGACAACGCCGGGUUCAAGACGGAUGACACGGUCCAGCUAUUCGACUUUGGCCUGAGCCGAACGUUACCAGAGCCAGGGCAGGCGAAAGAAGAAUUCUCUGGUGGCAGUAAUGAUCUUGGACUGCUUGGUGAAGAUGAAGUUACGUAUCUCAUGUCGUUGGCUGGAACUACAAGAUACAUGGCUAGUGAAGUCCUAUUGACUCGUCGAUACAAUCUCAAGGCAGAUGUGUAUAGCUUUGCGCUUGUGUUUUUUGAGAUGCUGGCAGAGAAGACUCCUUUUGAAGGCUUUGGCUUUGGAUGCUUUGAAGAAUAUGUAUGCAGAUUGGGAAGGCGCCCGGAACUCAGUCGAUUGGGACUGCCCUCCGGACUUGAGGGUCUCCUGGAAGCGGCCUGGCACCAAGACAUUGCGGAACGUUUUUCCAUGAAGGAUGUUUGCGAAACCUUGCUACUUCUGGUGCACGAUAUGGAGGCUGGGUUGGUUGAGCCAAAGGAGCCAACCAACUAG